UUAAUGAAGGUAUUGCCUGUUAGACCGGCCGCAACAACGUGGGAGAAAAGUGUCGGGAAGUGAAUAUCGCAGUUGUGAAUCAGUUGAGGGAGCGUCUAUUUAUUUCGUACAAAGGACUGUUAAGAAGAAUUUUUUUUGUCAACUCUGGUAAUCGUUUAUUGAACAUGUGAAAUAUUUAAGAAAAUUUUGCGCGUCGGUCUAGCUCGGAAUGGCGGAUCGACGCGAUCGUCCUUAAAUAAGUUUUUCGUAUGGAAUUUUGUAGUAACCGCGCGUGUAUGACGUCAGGAGAUGUAUACACAGUGUUGCAGCCAAAUAAAAAGUUAUAAUAGAGGUAAUCGAACAAGAGAUAACCCUUUUUGUGGUUUUUGGGAUCCAAUAUUAUUCGCGUGUUCAAUCCAAAAUGGACGGAAAUUUCGGUAGAUCAACGUAUUCUGCAGGAGCAUCAACGCCCUUUUCCCCGCAUCGAAACUCGGAGAUGGGUAACGGAUAUGUGUUGGGUGGAGGAGAUAGUAACCAUCCCUGGUUCGGAGGAAAACGGUGGGGAGCGUACCCCUUUCACACUGGUCGGGGUUUUUUCGGGAGGCAAAGGCACCAAACACUACCUGCGAUGUCGCCUCCACAUAUUGUUUUUCCGGAGCAACAGCGACCACGUAUGAUAUUUCCCCAGCAGCAGUCAAUGAUGUUCCCGCAUCCUCCUCCACCCCAAAUUAUGAACCUUCCAAUAUCCCCUAGUGCUAAAGGGUAUAAGUCGCCUAACGAGCCAAACAAUAGUUACCACGCGAACCCGCAAGGGUUCCUAAACCGAAUUAAAAAAAUUGUUAACGGAUUUAUUAAUCCAAAUUUGAACUGUGAUUUUUACUCGGACCACCAUCGCUAUUACAAUCCGAAGUAUUACAAUAAUUACGCGAUUGAGAAAGGGGAAGCCCCGUUUAAGCCGAACGUCAAUAACGAUUGCAGCGUUCUUCCCUCGCAGCCGACAGUGUCUGCCACUAUCGAGUUUGCUAUUUUCACCAGUGACGAUUUUCCUGCACUGCUAUGGAAAUCUCCCGUCACACAAGAAUCCGUUAAUCAAGUGAUCAUUCCCGAAAAGGAGAUUACUUGUGAGGACUUUUCGAAAUCAAAGUUAAGCGAUCCGGUUGUAACUGGUGCCACCUGCAAAUCGCCAGUCGGGAAGAUGCGUGCCCCAUACGCAUUCACGCCCCCUCAGCGCGUUCGGCAAAUAUCUGAAUGCAGUGACGACAGCUUGGUAAUUUGUUUCUCGGAAGAUGCCCGGGAAGGAGUGUUGGAACUGGCCCGCGAUAGUGACGAGGAGUCCAACUUAGACAGCUAUAGCGAUGACAGCAGCAGCGAAGAUGAAAAUGACAUCGACGAGACUGAUAAUUGUAUGAAAAUGCCAGAAAUGGGGCAAUUGGAUUCGAGUUUUGACGAGACGAAAGAUAAAAAGGUCCGCUUCAAUCUGAACCCCGAAAUUCAUGUAAUGUAUAAAUGGGACUUCGCAUACCGGAGUGCGCGAAGAGGUCACUGGGAAAAUUUCGCACGUGAUCGCGAUCGGUUCAAGAAGCGCAUCAGCAAUUUGGCUAACAUUAUUAAUCCUGUAUUAGAUACUCAACACCGUGAAAAAAUCUACGGGUCAAGAUUUUGUGGUAGCGAUGACAAUGUUGCAUCCUCGAGGUGCACAGAAACACAGAGUAGUAACACAUAAAUAAAUUCCAUUUAGAUAUAGAA